UUGACGCGCCUGCGCUUUCGGGUUUCGGGCACGUUCUCGAUGCGCGCUCUCGGGCCGGGGUUCCUGGAAGCGCGGCGCUGCAGUGAGGGCCCUCCUGGGUCACAGGGCCCCGCACUGGCCGCGCUAUUCCGGGCCGCCCAGAGGCUGCAGCUGCGGAGGGAUUUCCCAGCGGCCCUGGCGGCCUGUGAGCGCGGCCUGGAGCUGGAACAGAAAGGGAGCGGCUCUGUCCUGGCUGCGGAUACAAAAUCUUGCUUGUGCAUCAUUGGAAUUCAGGCUCUGGCUGAACUCAACCAAUGGGACCAGGUGUUGGGCUGGGUUCUGGAAAUCUAUGAGAUCCCAGAGAAAAUACCUGCCAGAAUCCUACAGAUGUGCAUCAUUCUAUACAGCAAGGUUGGAGAGCCAGGCCAGGUGCAGAAGGCAGUGGACAGUUGGCUAAAGCGUUGUACCAGUCCAAGUCCUCUGGGCUGUGGCUCAGGGCUGGUAUUGGAGUUAUACCUGCUACAUGUGCUGCUACCACUUGGGCUGUACACAGAGGCAGAAGAAUUGAUUCAAGGUACAGCAUUGCUGACAGAGCAGCAGCGGGGACCAGCAUUACAAGUCAUACAGAAUAGGAGGCCUCAGCAGCCUGAGCAGGACUCAGCAGGAAGCAGGUGCCAGCUUGCAGCAGACUCCAGCCAGCAGUGUCAUCCAGUACACAACUCGCUGUUUAAAACUCUGCAGCAAGUGCUGAUGUUGUCCUGGAGGUUUUUGCAUUUGGUGCCUGUUCGCAAGUUGUUUUUAGCUGCACUUUUGGCCUACAUGCUGAUUGUCAGGCUGGACCCUGCUUCUCCGGCGGCCUUGCCGUGGGUCCGUAGCCUCCACAACGUCAUCAGGCAGAUGUGGAAGACUAUGUUUGCUCGCUUCAACAAGGCAAGAAUUGGCAAGUGAGCCUUGAUGUGUACUUCAGCCCAGGAGGGUCUAGUUCUGGAAUUGGAGGCUGUUGUUCAUGCAAAAUUCAGUGGCUUGGGUAAUGAGUCAUUAACUUCACAGGCCUCUUCACACCUUGUAGGGGAGGCUAACUUGGCACCUAACUAUGGCCCUAGGAGUGCCAGCUAACUUCACUCAGAGCCACCAUGUUCUAAGUCUUUGAAUUGUGUGUGUCAUUGUCCAACUGCGGCCAAUCCUGUCUCAAACAAUGAUAAGCUGUCAUCCCCACUCUAGUGAUGCUGUUAAUUGUGUCAUCAUGGAAUUUAUUUUGAUCACUUGAACACUUUAAAUUUGCAGUUCUGAGUUCAUUACUGCCUGUAAAAAUGGUGAUGAACCAUGCUACCCAUUAUCAAGUCUGUUUUUUGCAGCAAUCAUGUGGAGCAAAUUAGAGAAGUGUUGCUGCUUUCCUCAACCUUCCACGACAAGAGAUCUUCCCAGUCUCCCUCUAGUGUGUAACAUGGGAUUGAUUGCGUCUGCCUUUUUAUUGCUGCUGUUACUCUGGAGAUGGGAUAUUGCUAAUAAGUGUAUCGAAGGGGUGUAUUGUGAGGGAAUUGUGCUCAUCAGAAUGUGUACAGCAAAUCAGUGCAAUAUAGGUACAAAAAGGAAGCGAUCCUGAUGUUUCUGGAACUCUGCCUUGGGCAGUGCAAUGCAUAGGCUCUAUUGCCAAGCCUGAGACAGUGGCCUGACUAAACAGUGCCACACUGGACAUUGGCCAUCAGCUCCUUGCUUUGCACCAAGAAACGGAACACAUCUAACAUGUUACAAACAGAAAAAGUCAAAUUAACUUGUCUCUGGGAACAUGAGUCUCCUCUUCACCCACCAGAUAGCAGAAAGAUAUGAUGGGGGCAGUCUGAUUGAUUAUGAGUUCAUUUUAAGAUGUGGCAAUAAAAGUUCCAGCUAAACUUGAAA